UGUCUUAACACCGUUAAUGUUUUCCAAGUUGUUGCUGCGCUUAGGGUUUUCUUUGGAGAUUUUCAAUCCUCUUCGGAUAAUCUCUUUGACAAAAUUGGGAAAUCGUUUUUGUUUUUUGUCGUUCAUUCUUAUCCGCUCUUAUUUUGUCGGAAAAUUAGAUCUUUCUCCGUCGUGUUUGGAUAGUCUAGUGUGAAGCGUUUUGAUUGGAUGGUGCAGUUGAUGAAAUCGGGGAAUCUCAAGCCGGAGCCUGAAACGACGUCUUGUCGGGACAAGGUGCCGGUGAAGUUGGAGAUCGUCGAGGACUCUAUAGAUGAAGAACACGGCCCUCUCAACAAGCGAUCCAAGGCCUCUCCUUCUCUUCAGCAGCAAUGGAGUACAGAGACUAAUGCUUUUCCGAUACCACCUUCGCAAUAUAACCCGCUUGAUGAGCCUAGUCCUCUGGGUUUGCGACUGAGGAAGAGCCCAUCCCUAUUGGACUUGAUACAGAUGAGGCUCUCUCAAGGUAGUGGUGCAGCUGUAGUAGCCACGCAGAGUGAUAGUAUCACCUCGGUUGUUAAGAAAGAGAGUAAAGUAACUGCUGCUUCAGGCACUACUGACAAGCUGAAGGCUUCAAACUUUCCGGCUUCUCUUCUGAGGAUUGGGCAUUGGGAGUAUAAAUCAAGAUAUGAGGGUGACUUAGUGGCAAAGUGUUACUUUGCCAAGCACAAACUUGUUUGGGAAGUUCUUGAAGGUGGUCUGAAGAGUAAAAUAGAAAUCCAGUGGUCAGAUAUAAUGGCUUUGAAGGCAAACUGUCCUGAUAAUGGGCCUGGAACAUUGAAUGUUGUGCUGGCUAGGCAACCUCUUUUUUUCAGGGAAACUAAUCCGCAGCCCAGAAAGCAUACACUGUGGCAGGCAACUGCAGAUUUUACUGAUGGUCAAGCUAGCAUGCAUAGGCAACAUUUUCUGCAGUGUCCUCAAGGGCUAUUAAACAAACAUUUUGAGAAGCUUAUUCAAUGUGACAUGAGGUUGAAUUUUUUAAGCCGACAGCCAGAGAUAAUUUUGGAUUCUCCAUACUUUGAACAAAGACCUUCAGUUUUUGAGGAUCCCGAUGAAUCUAAAGGCCAUGAUUUUAGCCAAGUGGAGACAGGUAAAGGAGCCACUUUCUCUGGCUUUCAGAAUCUAGCAUCACCAUCUGCAGCUCAGUCAUCUUCCUUGGAGACUGAUAAAGGGGAUCGUAGUACUAGUAUAACAUCAGAACUUGCUCCCUCGCCCAGCUCAGUGAUGGAUACUUGUGCAAUUGAAGGACGUGGGGUUUGCGAAACAGUUGACUCAAGGGGGCAGAGAAACUGGGAUCAAAUAAAAGUUCCUGGGCUUCACACAUCUAUGUCAAUGAGCGACCUUAUGAGCCACAUUGAGCAUUGUAUUCCAGGGCUUCCGGGGACUGGAUCAGAAUGUCAGGGAAUACUGGAGGAUAUUGCACAGUACCUGCUUAGUGACACACAAUUGACAACUUCUGAUGAGAAAUGCCUUAUGUCAAGGGUGAAUUCCCUUUGUUGCCUUCUGCAGAAGGACCCAGCAACAGCCACAAACUCACAGGUUAAUGGAGGCACUACUGACAGAAAGGAUGAUCAUCUAAACAGCCCUACCGAGUUAAUACCAGAUAACAAUACUAGAAUUGAUAAUAACCAGGACACUGGAGGGGAUACAAGGGAUGUCUCCAGUAGCAAGCAGCCACCAGAAAUGUCGAGGAAAGAUUCGUUCGGGGAAUUGCUGCUUCAUCUCCCUCGGAUUGCGUCCCUUCCGAAAUUCCUGUUUAACAUUUCAGAAGAAGACGGCGAUACACAACCUAGAUAGUUUAACUUUAUUGUUUGUCUAGGUAUCUGGUGAGAAUCGAAGAGGUAUGUAUUCCUCUUUCAUGUGCAUCAGAGACUUAUGAUUGUUAAUAUCUGUUCUCUCCUCUUAAUAGAUGCAUGCUCUGUUUGAACUUCCGGGUGUACAGGGAUUUGGAAAUUUGUUUUGAUGAUGAAUCCUUGACAAUAACCCAAUGUAAAAAUGUCCAUCGGGUAUUAUAGUGUAGGGCCAUUUGUUUCUUUUAGUAUUUCAUGUCACUAGGAAAAAAAAAAAAACCUAGAGUUUCUAUAAUGUAAGUGAUAGGUUUCAGUUGUUUUAUAAUUGCAUUCUGAAUAAAUCGUAGGAUUAAUUAAAAUUUCA